CCCUACACCCUAGCUUACUCUUAGCUAGCUAGAGAUCGACGACGGCCAUGGCUUCCACCAGAGCGGCAGCCAUCAUCCUGGUGGCCAUGAUCUGCGGCACCAUGCACUACCACCCCGCGGCCGCCAUGAAGGUGGACACAACCGGCGUGGCGGUGGCCGACGGCCUCUCCUUGGGCUUCUACCAGGACACAUGCCCUUUCGUGGAGCACAUCGUGGAGUUCUUGGUGGGCGAGGCCUUCAAGAAGGACGUCGGCAUCGCCCCGGCGCUCAUCCGCAUCUUCUUCCACGACUGCUUCCCGCAGGGCUGCGACGCGUCGGUGCUCCUCAACGGCACGGCCAGCGAGCAGAUCCAGCCCCCGAACCAGACGCUGCGCCCGACGGCGCUCAAGCUCAUCGAGGACAUCCGCGCCGCCGUCCACUCCGCGUGCGGGCCCGUCGUCUCCUGCGCCGACAUCCUCGCCCUCGCCACCCGCGACUCCCUCGUGGACGCCGGCGGUCCCAGCUACGACGUGGCGCUAGGCCGGCGCGACGCGCUCGCCCCGGCGGUGCCAGAUAUCACCAACACACUCCCGGCGCCCUUCUUCACCGUGCCCCAGCUCAUCAAGUCCUUCGGCGACCGCGGUCUCAACGUGACCGACCUCGUCGCGCUCUCCGGCGCGCACUCCUUCGGCGUCGCCCACUGCCCCGCCUUCGAGGACCGCUUCAAGAAUGGCACCGACACCAACCCACCCAUCGACCCUAAGUUCGCCGCGACGCUCAAGGCCAAGUGCGCCGGCGACAACCCCGUCGGCACCCUCACCCAGAAGCUUGACGUGCGGACCCCGGACAAGUUCGACAACAAGUACUACUUCGACCUGGUCGCCAGCCAAGGGCUGUUCAAGUCCGACCAGGCGCUCAUCCUCCACUCGGCCACCAACCGCACUGCCGUCCGGUUCUCGCUCAACGAGGGAGCCUUCUUCACCCAGUUCGCCAUUUCCAUGGUCAAGAUGAGCCAGAUGGACGUGCUCACCGGCACCCAGGGCGAGAUCCGGAACAACUGCGCCGUCCCCAACAAGCGCGUCGGCAUCGAGACCGCCGCCGGCAACAACGAAGGCCUCACCGCCGAGAUGUAAGAGAUAGAGGGAUCGAGGAUGUGGUGUUCUUCAAUCGUCAGUGGACUGGGGUUUAGUUGAUGCUUUCUCUGUAAGUGUGCUUUCUAGGUUAAUAAGACGAGUGACUAAUCAAUAUGCAUAUGCUUCCUACGGUAUCCAGGAUCGAGGUUCCAUCUGGAUACAAAUAUAUAUGAUCAUCAGUAGUAGAAUCGUAAGACCAGGAAAGCUUACCA